CGCGCUCUCUCGCUCUCUCUCUCUUGUUUUCCAGUCGCUUGUCACCAGAGGCGAAUAACGGAACCCGUUAGACCAUAAAUUAUUUGACAGUUUUAAGUUUAAACUUUUUGAUCGCGUAGUUUGGAAGGAGUUUAGUUUAAUAAUAACUUUUCGUGUCCACAUUUAGGACUCUGAACUCGCGCACUGUGUCUUUAAGAAGGUUUACCCACCGACCUCCUGUUGGUCCGACAGUAUUUCCCCAUACAUUACUGUUCUUCUGUAUCUCCUGCCAGGCUCUCUGCGCUUUACUUCAUUCAUAACGGUUUAUUUAUUUAUUAAUUCACUUUGGAAACUUGAAGCUCAAACAUGGCAGAGGUAGGGAAAGGAGUCAACGCCGGGAAACUGGCCAGUAAUGUACAGAAGAGGAUAACCCGAGCACAAGAGAAGGUGUUGCAGAAGUUGGGAAAGGCGGAUGAAACAAAGGACACAGCAUUUGAGGAGGAAGUGGCCAAAUUCAACAAGCAGCUGGCUGAUGGCACCAAAUUGCAGAAAGACUUGAAGGCAUAUAUGACGGCAGUGAACACCAUGCACGAGUGUUCGAAGCGUCUGCAUGACUGUCUGGCAGAAAUGUACGACCCCGAGUGGUUUGGCAAAGAGGAGGUGGACUCCAUCGCAGAGGACACUGACCUCCUGUGGCAAGAUUUCCACCAGAAGCUUGUGGACAAUGCCCUCAUUUCCAUGGACACGUAUUUGGCUCAAUUUCCAGACAUAAAGGCUCGCAUCGCUAAGCGCGAAAGGAAGCUGGUAGAUUUUGACAGUGCCAGACAUCAUUUUGCCUCUAUACAGAAAAGCAAGAAAAAGGACGAGGCCAAAAUUGCCAAGCCUCUGGCUCUGGUGGAGAAGGCUGCUCCCGGUUGGGCUCAGGGAAUAAUCACAGCACAUCAAAUCGCUCAAACUAACCUCUCGAGAAACCAGGCCGAGGAAGAGUUGGGCAGAGCUCAGAAGGUUUUUGAGGAGAUCAAUUAUGAUCUCCAGGAGGAACUUCCCACCCUGUGGGACAGUCGUGUUGGCAUCUAUGUUAACACAUUCCAGAGCGUUGCCGGCCUGGAGAAAAACUUUCACAGGGACAUGGGCAAACUGAACCAGAAUCUGACUGAUAUUAUGACCAAACUGGAUGAGCAGCGUCUAGCCAAAAAAGGUGUCACGACAGCAAGCACUGGGAAGAGUGAAGAAGCAGCCAAUCACAACCUCUCAGAGUCCGGGUCAGACGCCCCUAAAUCACCAGCAAAGUCCAGAGAAGGACCGCCAGUGUCACGGCCGCCCAGGCCGGCUUCAUCUCAGGAGGUGAAACAGGACAACAUCAUUAACCUGCUUGAAGAUGCAGUGGUGCCUGACAUUAACAUUUCAACCCAGCCACAGGAGGCUUCAUGGGAUUCAUGGGAGCCUGAUCAGACCCCAGCUGCAGACCCCUCCCAGCAGUGGGACUCGGAUGACGAAGCUGCCGCCCAGCCUUACGGCCAGCAGCCAAAUGAGGCUCCUCAGUGUGAGGAUCAGGUCGCUCCUGCUGUUCAGCCUUAUGAACCUCCCAGCUGGGAUGAGCAGGACAGUGUGUCUGCGCAGUCAGGCUGGGGCAGUGAAACAGCUGCGCCUGCGCAGCCAGACUGGGAGGAUGAUGGCGCGGAGCACUGGGGCGAGGAAGGUUCCCAGGUAGGGCAAAAGCAAGACACAGAUACAAACUGGGGCAGUGGUGAGGCUCAGGCUUGGGAGGCGGAGUCAGAGCCGCCUCAGUGGGAGGAGCUUCAAAGUAAUGAAGCGCCAACAGUGACAAAUGGCUCAUCAGAUGCAGAGCUUCCUCCAUCUGUUAUCUAUAAGGUGAAAGUGGUGCAUGACUAUGGAGCAACAGACAGCGAUGAACUUGAUCUGAAGGCUGGUGACAUUGUGCUUGUGCUUCCCUUUGCCAACCCAGAUGAACAGGAUGAAGGCUGGUUAAUGGGCGUAAAAGAGUCACACUGGCUUCAGAAUAAAAACCUCCUCGUUAAAGGAGUCUUCCCUGAAAACUUCACCCAGAAACUGUGAGCGGAACAGCCCUCUCAGAAUCACCUGUUCUUAUACUUCGUUUUCUCACCACUUUACUGUGAUAACAUUUUUUAUAAAACAUCUUCAAAAAUAAGGGCUUCUCAAGCAAAAAAAAAAAAAAUUAAAAAAGCCCUAAUCUCUAUAUACUGUGGUCACUUGUAGAACUGGUGUAUAAGAAUAAACAGUAAAAGGCAAUAGAUAUUUGCAGCAGCAUGCUUUACACAACUUCAUGAAGUAAUAUGGGCCACGUACACACUGCAGCCAAACUCGCUUGUCAGUUCAUCCUUUAAAGCCUAAUCCUGAUCCGUACACACAUUUAUGUAAUUUACGGGAGUGACAACCGCAUUCACAAAACUUUUUCGCAGUUUGUAUACAACCGAAGAGAAGAACUAUGUUAAUGAUGUAUUUAAACUAGAUAUGUCGCUCUGCUUUAUGCACAGUGCAAUAAAGUCACAGGGAAGGAGAUACAAGCCUUGACUUACAUAUGUUGCCAGGUCUUGCUAGAAAAAAAACACAAACAAGAAGCAGCAAAAAAUAAACCUAAAUAAAUCUAAAUGAUUUAUAUUGGAAAUAAGACAAAAUAUUGCAACUUGCACCUGCCUACAUAAACUGGAUCGCUUUAUGAGCGAAACCAUAAGCCCAAAUACGCUGAUAAAUGGACAUGGCAACACUGCAAGAACAUGCUCCGUGAAGCAGACUUUCAAAAAUAAACAACGCCUCUGUCAACAGUGAUUUUGUUAAAAUUGUUGAAUGUAAUGAGUAUUUGGUUGCUGUAGUAUUAAAAAUAGCGGAUACCAAACACGCAAGACUCCAGAACGUUAUGAUUACCAUGGUGUCAGUCGUCGCAGUUUCAGCUUUGCAAUUUCAGUUCUGCUCAGUACACACAUGAAUUGAUCAUUUAGGGGAUUCAGUCACAUAUUUGAAUGGGUUGUCACUCCUGAAGCUUUACAGUGUGAACGUGGCCAUGGACACAAUUAAAAAAUCCCUAAUAGGGAUGAAAACUGGGGCCGAUUUGAUUGGUUUUUGUCACUGGGCCAUUUUGGGAAGAUAUAAAGCAUCAGAUUUUUUGCUCUAAACUGAAUAUUACACACAUCAAUCAAUGUAUUUCAGUGAAAUCUUUUACUCUUUUUCUUAAAGUCAGCAUGAAAUUACUGUGCACAAUUCUUCAGUGCUUGUUCCACAUACUGUAAAAAAAAAAAAAAAAAAAGUGUUAGAUACUGUUUCCACCAAGUAUAAAUAGAAACAAAUAGCAUCUUGUAUACAAGUGCAAAGAGUGACAGAUGCUCUUCACACAAAGUGUAAAUAGAUGUAUACACUAUUUGUACUAAAGGUAAAAUAUCGAUGGUGGGGAAAAAGGUUGGCUUCCUGCAUAGCCUGCUGAUGUCACAGUAUUUCCCAAACCAAUCAAGUCCUGAAGUCCAGUAUAUAGUAUAUUCUGUUUUAUUCAGAAAUAUGCCAUAUUUCGGGAAAAAAGUGGGAAGUGCAAACUCCAUUUCUUGUUGACUUUAAAAUCAGGGACAACAGACUCUUUUGCUGGUUUUAUUGUCUCUAGAGUCUCCUGUACAUGUAGAGCCCCUUCAACCCUUACAAUAGUUUAUCAUGUUGUUCCCUAGAUAGGGUUUCCAGCACUGCACUGCAUGUGAGGGGUUCAUCUCAAUGCUUUUAUGAUCCAACAACUUCAUGAUAUUUAUGUUUUUCUUUGUUCUGUUAUAAAGGUCUUCAGGUAUAUGCCACCAAAGAUUAUGAAAAUUAUACAAUGGGACAAACCACUGUGUUGUACUGUAUGAACAACUGUUUGCUUGAAAUGCAUUUUGCAAUGUAUUUUAAAAUCUUUAAACAAUUUAAACAUUUGUCAUGGUUGCAUGAAUAUUUUAUAGUUCCUUUUAGAAGGGUGUACAAAAGCUUUAUUCUUACAGAACUGGAGAAGAUCAGACGCAUCUCGUUUUCAUGAUCUUGCUAAUAUUUAAAAUAGAAAAUCAUGUCAAAAAUAUAGAUUUUUUGAUUUUCAUAUUGAUCUGGGAAAAUGUAGCCUGUGAUGCACUGAUACAACAUUGAACGAACUGAGCAAGAUUUACAGUACAGUACAGCAAAAUUGUGCUCAUCUGCACCCGCAUCUGGUUAUAACACGCUUCUCUGUCAUUUGAUGAAUUACCACUGCCAUUUUCAAUAGUAAUAUGUACACUAACGUCUGUUUUUAAAAUUCAGUUUUCUAUGUUAAUCUCUGUUUCUAUGUUAAUUAAAUCAAGAUAAAUAAUGACAUUGCAUUGUUGAGAAAUGGUAAUGACUUAUAGUCAGUAUUCAGCACAUUUAGCACCUGGUUAAAAUGGAUUGGUUGAAAAUCGGGCCCCUGUUUUAAUGCUUAAUCCGUUAUCAAAUACACAGGGAAUCUGCUUUUGCCAAAACAGUGUAGAAUCUCCCAAGUAGAGUAAAUUAGCUGCUAUUUUGUGAACUCUUAUGUAUUGUUGACUCUGGCAUUGUCAGUGUGUACUGUGUAAAUCUAGAGUUUAUAUAAUAUCUCUCUCUGACCUGUUUACAUAUCAGAGCUGUAAUUUUCUUACCUGGUAAGCUCUAUAUUUGAAUCAGUUUUGAAUAUUGAAAGAUCUGUCAGGCCUUUGAGCAAACAGCUGCACGUGUCUAGUCUAUUCACGUGAAUGAAAAAUGUGUGAAUGUUGAAAACGACUCCUGAAUGGUGAAGGUUCUGAUAUUUAAAACAGAGAUGUUUCACAUGAACUAUAUAUACAUUUCAUCAUAAAGGGAAAAUGUCCUGCAGCAUUUUGGUAGCUUAGGAUGUUCUGUCUUAACAUGCAGUUUUCUGUAAGAAACACCCUGUCAAGAAGCCUUCAAAAAGCAUAUUAAAAUUAAAAUCAUACUGAACUUA